AUGGCUCCCAAGGAUACCAAGAAAGCCACAAAGGCCAGCUCCAAGGCUGGUGCUGCCUCCAAGGCCGUCCUCAAGGGGGUUCACUCGCACAAAGUCCGCAAGGUCAGAACAUCAGCGACCUUCCACCGACCAAAGACUCUGCAGCUGUCUCGAUCGCCCAAGUACCCCCGAAAGUCGAUUCCCCAUGUCCCCCGUAUGGACCACCACCAGGUGAUUGUGCACCCGCUCAACACCGAGUCUGCCAUGAAGAAGAUCGAGGAGAACAACACGCUGGUGUUCAUUGCCGACGUCAAGGCCAACAAGCGCCAGAUCAAGCUCGCUCUCAAGAAGCUCUACGACAUAGAUACCGUCAAGCUCAACACUCUCAUCCGACCGGACGGCUCGAAGAAGGUCUUUGCCCGACUAACGCCAGACAUUGAUGCGCUCGACAUUGCAGCCACCAAGCUCGGAAUUGUUUAA